ACGGAGAUCUAUAAGAAGAAAAGGGAAAAAACAAGUUACCAUUUCCCCCUUUAUACGCCACACGCCUUCUUUUCUGUAGAUUUCUCCCGGCGUACAAAGUUGGUGGCUAACAGGAUCCGUCUGAUUGGAUUUUCAUUUAAAGAAGACAGUUGGAUGAAGAAGCGAUACACGGAAGAGGACCUCCUGUAUAACUACUUCAUUUGACAAAUCAUACCGUUUUUGUGCCGUGAUUUGGAAAACUAAUGCCCGGCUUUCGAAGGAUGUUGCUUAUUUUACGCUGUAGUGAAUAAGCGCAGCUCGCAGGAAACCUUGGAUUGCCUUUUCCUUAUUCUUCCAAACUUAUUCUUAUUUUUUUCCAAGUUUUCCAGAAUUGUGGAUUAUUCCGAGGCUGCGGGUUGUGUCCAGCACACCUAUAGACCAAUGUCGGGGACAUGCUCGGAUAUUUAGAUUUCCUCGCCGCUGGAAUCGCACUGGAGUGCUAACAAGUCGAGGGGGAGAAUUUUCAUAAAUCUGUCAGGAGCGAAGAACUCGAGAGGGGCUCCGUUGGUUUACAGCUCCCUGGCUCGAAUUCCUGUUGGAUUUAUCAUGAUUUGUAGGAAUAUUUUCAGCGUCCUGUUUUUAUUAGAUGAAGCUGUGCGCUGCGUGGGCAGCUCUGCCGCCGUGUCUGGGAGUGGGGCUCACGGCUGGAGGGCGCCGGUGGACUGCGUGAAGGCCAGCGACCUCUGCAAUGUCAACCACCAGUGCAGCUCCCGCUACCGGAUCCUGCGCCAGUGCCUGGCGGGCCGGGACAGGAACACCAUGCUGGCCAACAAGGAGUGCCAGGCCGCCCUGGAGGUGCUCCAGGAGAGCCCGCUGUACGACUGCCGCUGCAAGCGGGGGAUGAAGAAGGAGUUGCAGUGUCUGCAGAACUACUGGAGCAUUCACCUCGGCCUGACGGAAGGAGAAGAGUUCUAUGAGACCUCCCCGUACGAGCCUCCUCGCCUUGCUUCUAUCAUCUCAGAUCCUCCUGGCUGUUUCUUCAGCAUUGACAAUGCAAGACUUGACCUCACACGAAAAGGAAUGGACUCCACUGUCAUGAAGGGGAACCACUGUUCAGACACAGGAAAGCCCUGCAACCCUUGCUUGGAUGCAGCCAAGGCCUGCAACUUGAAUGACACCUGCAAGAAACUGCGCUCCAUGUACAUCUCUGUCUGCACCAGGGUCAGUCCCUUUCAGUCCCCAGAGCCCUGCAACCGCAAGAAGUGCCACAAAGCCCUCCGUCAGUUCUUCGAUCGCGUCCAGACUGAGUAUAGCUAUCGCCUGCUGUUCUGCUCCUGCCGAGACACAGCCUGCGCUGAGAGGAGAAGGCAGACCAUUGUCCCUUCCUGUGCCUACGAGGACAAAGUUAAACCCAACUGCCUGGAACUGAGGACGACUUGUAGAAAUGACCCCCUAUGCAGAUCACGACUGGCCGAUUUUCACGCAAACUGCCGGGUAACUCCACAUUCCAUUACCAGCUGUCCCAAUGACAACUGCCAGGCAUGUCUUGCUUCCUAUGCCGGACUCAUUGGAUCUGAUAUGACCCCAAACUACGUUGACGCGAGCUAUACCGACAUCACCAUCUCUCCCUGGUGCACCUGCCGCAGUAGUGGGAACAUGGAGGACGAGUGUGAGAAAUUCCUGAAGGAUUUCACGGAAAACACCUGUCUAAAAAAUGCCAUCCAAGCAUUUGGUAACGGAACAGACGCCAACUCGAUAGCCAGGACCCCGUCUCUGCCAGCGAUUCCGUCGGUGAAAACGAAAGCUGAGACGGAAAGAUUCACCGAGCCCUUGGUGACCCUCAGUACGCCCGGAUACAACAUGUGUGUCUCGUCAACAGGAGCCAACCUCCUGGAAAGUGGAACAAAAUGUAACCCCUCCAAAGUGUAUGUUUUCGAACCUGAGACUCAGGUUCAUCCCAACCCCUUUGACCUGGAAAAUAUACGAAAUGUGGAGCCAGAAGACGUAGACAGGUCUGACAGUGUCCAUAUGUCCAGCAGUGUGGCUCUGCUCGCGCUGUCCUGUUUAGCAUUGAGAAUGGCUUUAUAAAACCUGAAGAGGUCAACACACUGACCUGCAAAGAAAAAAACAAGUCAAGCAACAAAAAAUGACAUAUGGAACUUCAGAAACCUUGCUGUCUCUCAAGCUUUCCCUCUUUCAACAGCAACAACAACAAUGGAAAAAACAACCAAACAAUUUCUCCAGAAAAUUGAUCCAAGACUUCUUUCUGCACUGUAGCCAUGCGGGAGAGAACGGUGGUUCUUGUUCUUGUCGAUUUGCCAACUCUAGAUUCCAAAGUUGAGACCUGAAGAAAAGACUAAAAAAAAAAAGACUAGUACCUUUGGGUCUCCUUCCUAGCUGCUUGGUAGACCAGUUGCUAACUCAAGACAAUGAAGAGCAACGUCUUUCCUUGUCGAGACGUUUUCCGAACACAACCUGAAAGACAUUUUGCUUUUUUUGCGGAAUCGGUUUCCGUUCGCCUUCCCUGCAUUCUCACCCAGCCUGGGAGGAUUCUGUCUGCGUGUUGCAGUGUCCCCAGUGCUCAGACUUUAUUAUUUACUGUAUUUCACAUGGCAGUCUUUGUCCAGCCCUCUCCCUCCAACAAAUGUGCAUUUUCUUUUCUUUUUCUUUGCCAAGUUCAGCCGUACUUAAGGAAUGACGAGUUCCUUCCUUCUUUAAAAAAUAAAAUGAUUUCAGGUAUAAAUCUUUAUUCUGUUAACUCAACACGUAAUUAAAUUAUAUAUACAUGUGAUAUAUAUAAUAUAAUGUAGGUACAAUGUCAUCCUACUGCUUUUAUUUCUAUUCUGUAUUGGGUUGAAAAAUAAUAAAAAAAAAUAGUUUAAGAAAAGGUUAACUGCAUAAACUGACAAAGUCCGUAUUUGUCAGUAUGUACUUGUUUGAAGUUGACGGAAAACCCUGCCGCCUUCUUCUUCAAUGUGUUAAAGUCUGUCUGUGAGUAUAGCUACAAAGUGUUACACUUCAAAUGUACAAAUGUAAUUUCUCAUGAACUAAAAACGAGAUGUUGAAAGGCAGGAUGGAGCUCUGAUACUAAAGAAAAUCAAAGGAGAACAAAAUGGCAUAUGUGUCUCUGAAGAAGUGCCAAUAACUGUAGUUUUAGGGUGUUUUGUGUAAGUAUUUUUUUUUUUUGCAAAUAUGGACUUGAAUUAUUUUCAAAGAUGCUCCUGGAAAUGAAAACAUGGUUUCAUUUGCUUAGAAAGUAAUCGUUAGUGUAUUUUCUAGUGUGCAAUCUUUCGCGUGGCCUUACAUUUUUUGGGGUUUUAAUUUCUCCUUUUCGAGGUGAGAUCUGGUCCUCUUUCAGGCUUACUGAAGUCCCAGCCUGUAUUAGUUGUGUUUUAAGGUUGCCAGGAGAGGGUCGGUGCCAUGCGCCCGUAAGGAAGGCUUAAAUCGCGCCUUCAGCAAAUGUACAGGGUUGGCUUCAGCCAAGUUUGGCACUUUGACUUUUCAUGUCCACUAAACAACACACCAUAAAGUAUAACAUGCAAAACAAAAAUAUGAAAGGCAUGUGUGUAUUCUGUUUUUUGAUCUUGAUUAUAAUUCUUCCUCUUAUAUUGGAUUGACAUUAAAUUCAUUUUAAUACUGAACAAAACGCAGGGAACUGAAGUCAUUGGAAACACUAGAGGCUUUCUGGUGUACAGGUGCGCAGAGACGUACAGUCCAUGCAUAGUGGUGGCAGUAUUUCAAACACCAUUUUUUUGUUCAGCGGGGCUCUGAUCAGUUUUCUGGCCCUAAAUUAGGAAAAGAGCUCUACACGUCUUAAUUGAAGUCAGUCAAAAAUAGCUUGAUAUUGAACAUACUUCAAUUCAAAAUAAUUGCAAACGAAUUCCUUUGAUUACAAGAAAUAAAACACAGUGAAAUUGUCUUUCAUUUUGCAUCUUUAUCUCAAAAUUAACACAGUGUUGCCUCUGGUUAUUUAAAGAGUACACAGCUUACACAAACAAAACAUGAUUCGUCCACAUUUUAUGUAGUAUCUAAUGAGCUGCCACCAACACAUUUAUAUUUUAAAAAACAUCUAAAAUCACAUUUUAGUGUGAAAGUUAAUGUAAUAGAACUGUGAUUUGAAAAUGCCUUCAUUUUACACAGAAAAUGGUGUACAGUUCCAGAGAAUGUGUUAAUAAAAGAGGUGUGGCACAAGAGAUCUGUGAGAUUACCACAAUGGAUAACACUGUAAAUAGUAUUUUGCAACUAAUAUGUUUUAGAAGCAAACUCUACUUUCAAACACUGGUGUCCAAAUGAACUACAGAUUCAAAGUUAGGUACCUCAUAACAUGCUUAUCGAUGAGUGUUCUGGCUCAGGUGAGGAUAGUACGUUUCUCCUCUGCUGCUACCACUUUAAUACAUUAAUUGUUACUUGCAAAUUUAAAUCAUACAGUAAAUUAAAUAUCUGUUCAACCUAAUAGAAGAUAGCUUAGCAGCAACAACAGCAAAAUAAAAUCCUAUUUUGGUAAGAGGUUGAUGUUUCCAACUACGACUAACAUAGAGACUUAAAGUUACUCUUUUUAUAAUCUUGUUUCUUAAUUAUCAGUUUUAAUUAGGAAGGGUUAAUUGGUUAAUGUUCUGUAUUGGUAACACUGAUCUGAUUCUGCUGUGCACAGAGUAGAACCACAGCUUUUAAACUGUAAAACCACAAUUUCACAAAAUCCAGAAGAAUGGUAAGAGUUUGCUAAACACCACAUUCUGGAAAAGAUCCACCACAAUCUCGAAUAAAAUAAGACUGCAUCAUUUUGUAAGGUGUCAUGUGAAUUGCAAGAGAAUCUUGGUGUUCACAUUUAUAAUUUUGUCCUGUUGGAUUUGAAAAUGGUACAUGUUCCUAAGAAAAAUGUAAUAGAUUGAUUGGAGAUUAACAAUCAAUACAAUGAGAACAUAAUUUUAUCUAUGACAUUGUAUGCCUACAGUAUAUACAGUAUGUUGUAUUUAACGUCAGGUAUUGCUAGACUGGUUCACAUGAAACAUAUACAGAGAUAAGGUAUAAAGGCUUAGUAUAUCAUGAUCAUCACAUGCUCAAUGUAUCCUUUGUACAUACGUAUGCUUUCACUACAGUCUGUGAGAAUCACAUACAGUAUGCAACUAAUGUACGACAUUAAACAUUCGCAUUUUGACUAUCUUUUCA